AAAUAAAAAAAAACUGCAGACAAAUAUAUUAAGUCUAAUUUGUUAUUUAUGAUAUAUAUAGAAGUGUAUCAAUGCAUUUUAAAAAUGUAGUUGAAGAGCUGAAUAUCCUACAAGUGUUAAAAACAUUCAGCUCAAAGUAAAAUUAAAUUACGGGUAAGGAGUAAUUUAACUUGAAAGUAAUAGUAGUAAUUUAUAAAUAUUUUCACAUUUCAAAAUGAAAAGGAAGAGUGCGGAAAAUUUGUGAUAGAGAAAAAAAUUACAUCAAAUUUGUAAACAAAAAAAAAAAAUUCAAAUCAAAUUAAAAUAGAAUUAAAUCACAUUUUAACUUAAAUGAGAAUGACAAAUUGCUGGAAGCGUGAGGACAAAAUGAAAUAAAGAAAACAAAAAAGUGACACGAGAAGACCAGGAUGCUGUAAGUCAGGGUGCGGCCACUGGGACGAUCCCGGAGUGGGAGCGCCCCCAAUCCCCACCCCACCCUCAUCGUCCCGCCGUAUAAAGGCCCACCCUCCAUCUCGGUCAGAGUUUGGUGUCUCAUCCCCGUCGCCGAGCUUGGGCGUCCGUCGUCCUGUCCUCUUUGCCGGCCCGUCCGUCCUUUCUCAUCUCGUCGCGGUCCCGAAAAAAAGUAGUCCAAAAUGGAGGCCAUCAAGAAGAAGAUGCUCAUGCUCAAGCUGGACAAGGAGAACGCUCUUGACCAGGCCGAGCAGGCGGAAGCCGACAAGAAAGCCGCCGAGGACAGAAGCAAACAGCACGAGGACGAGCUCCUGCAGAUGCAGAAGAAGCUGAAGGGGACAGAGGACGAGCUGGACAAAUACUCUGAGGCGCUGAAGGAUGCUCAAGAGAAGCUGGAGGUGGCCGACAAGAAGGCCGCUGACGCUGAGGCGGAGGUGGCCUCCCUGAACAGGCGCAUCCAGCUGGUGGAGGAAGAACUGGACCGAGCUCAGGAGAGGCUGGCCACCGCGCUGCAGAAGCUGGAGGAGGCCGAGAAGGCUGCCGACGAGAGCGAGAGAGGCAUGAAGGUGAUCGAGAACAGGGCCCUGAAGGACGAGGAGAAGAUGGAGCUCCAGGAGAUCCAGCUGAAGGAGGCCAAGCACAUCGCGGAGGACUCCGACCGCAAGUACGAGGAGGUGGCUCGUAAGCUGGUGAUCGUGGAAGGCGAGCUGGAGCGUACGGAGGAGCGAGCGGAGCUGGCUGAGGCUAAAUGUGCCGAGCUGGAAGAGGAACUGAAGAACGUCACCAACAACCUGAAGUCCCUGGAGGCUCAGGCGGAGAAGUACUCCCAGAAGGAGGACAAAUACGAGGAGGAGAUCAAGAUCCUGACAGACAAGCUGAAAGAGGCUGAGACCAGAGCUGAGUUUGCUGAGAGGUCUGUGGCCAAGUUGGAGAAGACCAUUGAUGAUCUGGAAGACGAGUUGUACGCCCAGAAGCUCAAGUACAAGGCCAUCAGCGAGGAACUGGACCACGCGCUCAACGACAUGACCUCCAUCUAAACACCAAAGAAGGCCCUCCGACCCCCUCCCCAUCCUCCUCCUCUUCCUCCACCAUGUCGUUUCUAGCACUUUUACAACUUUUUGCAAAAUCCUACCCGACAGUGUCGUUUCGGUGCCGGUCAAACCUUUUCUUUGUAAUUAUUUGUAACGAUAUUAAAAACAUGAGGAAGGUCUUGAUUUUCA